AUGAUAAGUAAUUUGGAAAUGUUUCCAAAUGAAAUAUUAUUAAAUGUAUUUUGUUAUUUAUCAUGGGAUGAAAUUUUAAUAUACUUAGGGUCGUUAAAUAAACGAUUUAAUUCUCUUAUUUAUUCAAUAUUUUCAAAUAAUGAAAAUCGAAUUAUUUUUAAUAAACCAGAUUUAUCUUAUCAAACAUUUUCAUCAAUAUUAUUACCAUUAAUACUUAAUUCAUCAUCAUUUCUUUCUUCAAAGAUAAAAUACAUUCAUUUUGAUGGAAUAACUAUCAAUGGUAUGUUUAAACAACUCUUGUCUCAAAUAUUUUCUGGUCAAUGUCAAUUAACUUCACGUCAUCUUUACAUGACCAAAUUACGUUAUGCUAUUCAUCAGUGUUUAAAAUCAUAUCCUUCUCACCUUCCGUUAACAACAAAUUCUAAUGAACUUCAAUCUUAUUGUGUAAGUUUACGUCGUUUGCACAUUCAACUCGAAUAUACAUGUUUUCUGGAACAUCUCAUUGAUCGUGUGCCCAAUCUAGAACAAUUAUCGGCUGUUUUUUCACAAUUACGAUGCGGUGAUCAAUUGCGUGAUUCAAACUUUCAAAGAUCGAUACUAUCAAAUGAAAGUUGGUUCAAUAAAGUACCAAAAUUAAAAUGUUUUGCAUUGAAGAGUUCUAUUGACAAUUAUUUAGAAUUUGUUUAUUUAAAAUGGCUUCUUAACAAUUUUAAUCAUAUAACAAAACUUAAAAUUUAUGUAAGAGGUUCAGGAAUAUCGAGAACAGGUCAAUUAAUAUGGAAAUCUGUUAUUGAUGUAAAUUUUAUUUGUCAACAUUGUUUACUUGAUAAAAUAAUUAAUUUAAAAUACUUUCAUUUUUAUAUUGGUAGAACAUGUGAAUUAUCAUUAGUUAAUAUUGAAAACACAAUUAACUCUUUUAAAAAUUAUCCUUUUUUUAUUUCACAUCAAUGUACAAAUAUUAAAUAUUUAUAUGAUAAAAACGAGUCAUAG